CAAUCGCGUACGAACAGCUGCUUUAGCUUCCUUAGCUUGCAAGGAGGAACAUGGCGGACCGGCUCACACAGCUGCAGGACGCGGUGAACUCGCUUGCAGAUCAGUUUUGUAAUGCCAUUGGAGUGUUGCAACAGUGUGGUCCUCCUGCUUCUUUUAGUAAUAUUCAAACAGCAAUUAACAAAGAUCAGCCAGCUAAUCCUACGGAAGAAUAUGCCCAGCUCUUUGCAGCACUGAUUGCACGAACAGCAAAAGACAUUGAUGUUUUGAUAGAUUCAUUACCCAGUGAAGAAUCUACAGCUGCUUUACAGGCUGCUAGCUUGUAUAAGCUGGAAGAAGAAAACCACGAAGCUGCUACAUGUCUGGAGGAUGUUGUUUAUCGAGGGGACAUGCUUCUGGAAAAGAUACAAAGUGCACUUGCUGAUAUUGCGCAGUCACAACUGAAGACAAGGAGUGGUACCCAUAGUCAGUCUCUUCCAGACUCCUAGAACCUGUAUAUACCAUGUGGCUGAGAAAAGAACUAUUUCAGUGCCAUUAAGAAUUCUGCAUCAAACUUAGAUGGAAGCCUUACCAACAGUUACAGAAACAUUAAGCACUAUGACACGUUACCUUUUUAGCUCUUUUUUAAUAGUCUUCUAUUUUCACUCUUGAUAAGUAAGCCUCUAAAAUUGCUAUUGAACCAGCUUUAAACCAUCAUUAUGCCAUCAUUUUUUUAUUGAAAUGAAAUUAUUGAGGUAGAUAUUGCAUUAAUGGUUAUAAUAUAAUUAAACAGGUGUACUUUAAAAUUCUA